CCGCGGGGUAGUAGGUUGCGUUACUACGUGGAAGAAUGUUUGAGCCCGGUAGCUGCUCGCAAAGUGGUUGAAAAUCCCAUAAUAUGAAGGGUAGUACUCCCCGUAUCAGCCCUCAGGCUGAUGGGUACACACGAGAGACCAGAGAAAGGGCUAAAGCGCCACUUCCUCCCACACCCACCUCAGCAACCAAUGGGCAGCGCGCUGUCAGUCACGAGACUGUGACGUAGCUGUCCGUCAGCCAGGGUCAUGCUGUGGACAGUGGAGCUGGCCGGAGGACCACAGCGGGUCAACCAUGCCGCUGUGCCUGUGGGAGACCGAAUUUACUCCUUUGGGGGUUACUGCACUGGAGAAAAUUACCAGACAAUUAGGAAUAUGGAUGUACAUGUUUUGGACACAGUAACGUAUAGAUGGAAAGUGGUUGAGAUCCAUCAAGAAAGGAAAACAGUACCCUUCCAGAGAUAUGGACACACUGCUGUGGCAUUUGGAAACUUGGUUUAUGUUUGGGGUGGCCGUAAUGACAACACUGCUUGUAAUAUACUCUACUGUUUUGAUACAUACACCCACCUGUGGUCUGUUCCGGAUGUGAAGGGGCUGGUUCCAGAGGCCAGGGAUGGCCACUCAGCAUGUAUUGUUAAUGACCACAUGUACAUAUUCUCUGGCUAUUUGGAAUAUGUGGAAUCAUACACCCAAGAGGUUCACACAUUAAAUCUCAGAAGUAUGACUUGGUCUUACGUCAGAACUACAGGACCAUCUCCAAUCUUUCGUGACUUCCACACAGCAACAGGAAUUGAUGGGGUCAUGUUUGUUUGGGGAGGAAGGGAAGUUCCUAGUGGUUGGUAUGAUUCCCCAGACCAUGAAGAAUAUGGAUCUGAUAUGUAUGCCCUAGACACGACCACCAACCGUUGGAGCAUUGUUCCAUCAUCAGGCAGUGUUCCUAUUGGUCGUAGAUCCCACUCAGCCUUUGUUUACAAGAACUACAUCUAUGUUUUUGGAGGCUUCAAUAGCAAAGAAGGUCGUCAUUUCAAUGACCUACACAGAUUUGAUCCAGGGACCCACUACUGGGAGCGUGUGAAACCCCUGGGUGUUGGGCCCUGUCCUCGGCGCCGACAGUCUUGUUGUGUUGUUGGCUCUAGGAUGUUCCUCUUUGGGGGUACCAGCCCGAAAGAAAAUUAUGAAGAUUUGACGCCAGCAGAAGAUGAUGCCUACAGUGAAGAAUCAACAGACCGCCGCCUCAAAGACCACAAUGAUCUCCAUGUGCUUGAUUUUGAACCAAGCUUGAAAACACUGUGCCUAAUCAGAGUAGAAAGCCUUAAACUUGACACAUCUUGGCUCCCAAGGGAGCUUCAAGCUUUGUUGGAAGUAAUGACUUUGCCCAACAAGAUAACUCCAAGGCCCCUAAACCACACUGGAUGAUUGCAGUGAUUGUUUGGGCUAAAUACAAUGUCCAGAAGAAUAUGAAACAAGAAUGGAACUUUCACUACCCCAGUCUGGCACUGCUGCUACUUCUCUGUCCAUGUCUGUGCUACAGCUUUUAGAAUGCACAGAAGCCUGGCUUGGUGUUUUCACACUUCAGGUCUUUUCAGUUGUCCUCUACAACUAGAGGUUUAUAUAUAUAUAUAUAUAUAUAUAUAUAUAUAUAUAUAUAUAUAUAUAUAUAUAUAUAUAUAUAUAUAUAUAUAUAUAUAUAUAUAUAUAUAUAUAUGAUCCAAAAAUUUUCAACCUGAGACAGAACAGGUGUUUCCACAGGUUAUUUUGUUAAUCUUUUUAUCUCCUUUUCCUUUUUGGAGUGACAAAGUUGAUGUCAAAUAACCACGUGCAUCUUGGUUUUUAUUGUUAAGUACGAGUAGUGAGUGGUGGACCAAUGCCUGGUGUGAUAUACUACAGUUCAGGCAUGAAUGAAUUUUUCAACUAAGAUUUCCCUAUAAUGUAUCAAAAUAUCAGUGUCACUUUAUAUGAAUCCUUAAAUAAAAAGAUAAAAUUUAAAAGAAGAAAGCCCAGCAAUUUGUGGACACUUGUUCAGUCUCCAAAAUUUCCGUCCUUCAAAAUAAUUUCUGUACUGCUAUAACCUCAUUUUACAUGAGUAAGGAAAGAAAACAAAAUAAGGCCCCUUACCACAAUGUGGUGAUUCAGGGAUGAGUCUUAAGGAAAAUUUUCAAAUGAAGGCAGACUCUUGUGAAGUUUUCUACUGUCAGAUUGUGAGAAUUCAAAAGUGGAAUUGAAUCAGGCUUAAUAGAUAUACACUAUUGAUUGUCCCGAUUUUUUGACAUACAAGCAUUUGUUUGUAAGUAGAAUAAUAUUGGUAAAAUGUUUGUCUGUAUUUGAGGAUAGUAGCAAAAGAUAAAAUGUUAACUAAUGAAUGAGCAUUUCACUAAUUAUGAGAUGUCUAAAGCAGUGUGGUCUACAUUUUUAGUGUAUGGACCAUAUGGGAGUCAUGCAUUUCUAAUUAUGAUGGAAAGAUGGCUUAUGUAACAUUGGUGUCAUUGGUGAAAAUACUGCUUUCAUGUUUAAGUGAAUUGGUCUUUGUGAUCAGGUCACUCAUCAAGCAGAAUGGUCUCGCAUAACUUGUAUGUCAAAUAUUUAAAUUUCUCAGUUGCUCCUCAGGAUCCCAUCCCAUCUUAAUUCUACUCAAAGUGCAUGCUUGCAAGAUUUUGAAUAGGCCAUGCCUUCUUCCUAUCUUUAACAUUAUUAAUGAUCAUAUUGUUAAACAUGUGUUUUAGUGAUUUUUGCUUCUUAACUUGUGUAUUGCAGUUUCUCAUGCAUCCUUGAUUACUUAGAAAACAUCAGUGAUUGGAAGCCUUACAUUUUUUGCUUCAUUGGAUUAGGCAGUUACGUACAAUGCUCAAUACUCAAUGGUAGCUAUAUGUUGGCAGAAUGUUUUCAUUACUCAGAAUUUCUGAGUAAGUAAGGAUGUGGCAUCACAGACUCUGGAAACAUCAGUAUCAGUAGCUAAAUGGUUCAUGAAAUAUAUCAGCUGCAACAAGCUAGCUUACUAAACAUUAAAUUAUAAUGAAUUGUAUGCAGUUCUGCAUUAUUUUGUAAACUGCUGUAUGUUUCGAGAGAGAAAGGAGGGCAGGAUAUGGUAGUGGUGUUAAUGGUCAGGAAGGAAGGUGAGAGAGAGAGAAAGAGAAGAACAGGAGGGAAGGUGGGAGAGAGAAAAAGAGAAGGAAGUUUAGUAUGAAGGAGGUAGGGAGGUUUCUGACAAUGGUGAGACACUUUUAUUUUCUAUUCACAACCUCAAGUUUCAGCAACCACAACACUAGUAAACUGAUGGUUUGUUAUGAAGAGGGAACUUUAAUAUGUUUACCAAUAGAAAUUUGUGUAAUGAUAAGCACAAAUGAAAAGUUAGAACAUGUUAUUAUCUGAGCCUAGAGUACAAGAGUUUGCUACUUUAUCCAUGAUGCUGAUAGGAAGAGAGCAUGGUUUGUUAAUACUACUGAUAUAUAUUAAUGGCAUGCACUUUACACAUGUCCUUCCUAUUUCUGAUUAUUUAAAAAGAAUAUAUGUAUAAUUCAAAUGUAUCUUCUAUACUUGGUCCCUCAUCACUACAUUGAUGCUUUCAAACUCAGGUCUCUUCUGCAACUCACAGUAGUACUACAUUCUCUCUCUCUCUCUCUCUCUCUCUCUCUCUCUCUCUCUCUCUCUCUCUCUCUCUCUCUCUCUCUCUCUCUCUCUCUCUCUCUCUCUCUCUCUCUCUCUCUCUCUCUCUCUCUCUCUCUCUCUCUCUCUCUCUCUCUCUCUCUCUCCAUUAUCUGUAACAUCAAAUCUUACAAAUAUAAAGAUGGCACCCUUCACACAUGAAUCAUGCUAUUUAGCUUUAAUGUGGAGUGAAACCUUUCUGAUUGUUAGCAAUAGGAAUAAGUCACUGAUGUCCACUCAGCCCCUGCAGUUAUGAAAGCUGAUUUUUACACCAAUCUGUGGAGUACAUCACUCACCUUCAUUCCAUUGCUUGGUUCUUACUGUACACACAUCAUGCUUAUAUAUAAAAUCAGAUCACUUAUUACAUUACAUCUUAUGUAUCCAGUCAUUACAUACAUUACAAAAAAAUGAAGUUGCCUUCAUUGAUACUUUUACAUAAAGCACAUCACACAGCAAAACUCGCAGAUUUUUUUUUAAACUGUAUCAACUAUUUAUUUGUUUUCUUACUUUAAGACCUUUGGACUCUCUUUCCUUUCUCCACCUCAGGACUUCAUAUCCUUCAACCUAUCAGCAAGUCUGUUUAUCAUCCAAUCAGGCCAACUUGGAACUGGGAAAUACUUGAAGGAUAUUGAUAACUAAACACAGUGUGGCAUUGUGUAAGGUUAGCUAAAUAUAACAAAUCAUAAAUGCUAACAUAAACAUGAAUUUGUGUAUAAUUGUGAAUUUCAAUGAAAAAAGUGAGACAAAAUAUUCUGCCUGCAGACAAAGAAUGUACUGUUUAUUGUUUACCCUUUGUAUUAAUUUUUAUCAGUACUUUACUACAUUUUUAUUUAUUUAUUUAUUUUUUUAUAAGUGUACAGUACAUGGUAAUUCUCAUUUUGAAUGAUUUGUUAUAUAUAAACAUAAUAAAUUGUAUGGUAUCUUCAAAGUUUUGCCUAAUCAGUGAAGUGAGAUUUACAUACCUUACAUUUGGUCUACAUAUUUAUGGAAACUGGUUUUAAGUUGUCAGUGAAUCAGAACCCUCUAUAUGUAAAUACUUGAGCCAUAUUGGUGGUGUGAGUUGUUAGAAAAUAGUAUGUGUAUAUGACCUGUAUAUCUGUAUUUGUUUUAGGGAGUGUUUAUUUUCAAGUUUGUAGAGCCUUGUUAUACAGCUGCAUUGGACAGCUAACUCACAUACAAGCAACAGUAUGUCAGAUAAUUCUAACUAAUCUCUUCAGAAUGUCAAAUUAAUCACUACAGUAUUACUAUGUGACGUGUGCAUUUGGCAGACUAUAGAAUAAUAGUGACAGUGCUACUUGAUCAGAGAACAAAUGUUAUGAAUAUUACAGGUUUAAAGUUUAUAUUUUUGCACCUGUCAUUGGCCAGACACAACCAUUACUGUUUUGCUGCAGUGUUGUUAAGCACAGUUUUUAUAAUUUGUGACUUGUUUUUUUUACAUUACUGUACAUUGAUAACACCUGUUUGCACCACAGUAGUAUGAUAAUGCAUUGUCAUGGGCGCAUGAGUUUGCAUUGUUGUUUACUGAUACAGACAUGAUGCAUUAACUCAUCAAAAUCUAAUUAUGCUAAUGCAUAUGCAGUAUACUAUUUAUAUGUAUAAAGUCUACUGGCUUUCAUGAAAAUCAAUCAAACAAAAAAAAAAGCCAUUUAUCUAGAUUUUGCUUAGCAUGGGGUUCAUUGCCUAAAUAUAUUUGUUUUUAUUUGGCUUCCCUUGAGGUCCUGAAUGAAGUCCUGUAGAAGGUGAAUGACUUGAGAUGACAGACACGGAAGCCAGCACAGUUAUUAUUUACAGCAAUGCUUGGAUAUAUAUAUAUAUAUAUAUAUAUAUAUAUAUAUAUAUAUAUAUAUAUAUAUAUAUAUAUAUAUAUAUAUAUAUAUAUAUAUAUAUAUAUAUAUAUAUAUAUAUAUAUAUAUAUAUAUAUAUAUAUAUAUAUAUAUAUAUAUAUUCAAUGCCUGAAAGAUUUAUGCUGAACCAUUCCAUGCAAAAAAAGAUUGUCUGAUAUACUGUAUUAACAGUAUUUACUUUAUCAUGACAUUAGUUGCGUACUAUUAUUGUGAAUCCAGACAGCAGUGUCUCGGCUCUCACUAUGUCUUCAGUAGGGAUCCAUAAAGCACUCACAUUUGUAGCUGGAGAAUACUGUCACGUGUCUUUACAACCACUACUGUACUUAAGUUAAGGUGUGACUCUGCCUGUGAUACUAGUGAUGAAAUGUAAAAGAUAUAUUUAAAAGUCAUGUACAUCUUACUCUGUUAAUUAGUCAGUUAUGAAGAGGAUAAUUUUUUGACAGUAUAGCACAAAUUAUAAUUUUAUUGGUAAACUAAAGAAAUUUUAUCAUUGAAAGAUUUAAAAUAAACUAUUUUUAUUCUCAUUUUGACCAACUGAUCUGCCUCAGUCUUCUUUCUUCUUCAUCAGAAGGAAACACUGUGAUUGUUUUGAUAUUAUUUAGAUUUUAGUGUUAUGGACUUCAUUCAUAUGAAUGUGAAACUUGUAUGGCUAUUUUAAUAAAAAUGAGUGAA